AGGGCUCUCUGGUUGCAUGGGGUACCCGGGCCACGGGUGGGUGCGCUGGAAUGGGUCCAGGAUCGAAAGAGGACGAUUGGAGGGCUCUUGGUUGCUGGGGUGGGGAGGUGGCCCGAGAAAGGAGGUAGUGAAUGCAGGGAGGAAAUCGAUUUCUGCCUGGAAAGAACUAAAGCAGAGAAGGGGUUUGAGGUAUCUUUAGAACUAAGGGAGCGGUCCAGGUGUGGAAAAUGGGGUUAUAUUAAUACAGAAGGCCGAUAAACCCACGGAAUUGAGGGUUAGAAUACCCUUGGAAAGUACUGACAGCUAUCUUUAUGUUCUCAUGGGUAUCCAUAGGUUGAACUGGGGAGGGAUUGUUUUGUUUUGGGUACAGGUAAGUAGGCAAAAGUGAAGUAGUCCUGGGUGUAACUGGGGAGAGAGAAUGGUGGUACUCAGGGACCGGUGGGGUUGAGAGUGAGAUGUGAUAUACUGAUAACUUUGGGGUUCUGGGUAUCCCCAUAGUCGUAGGCUGCUGAGAAGGAUUAUGAAGAAGAGGGGGCUCUUUUUGCUGUCUUUGGGUACUGAUGGAGUUUUUAUGUGAGAGACAUUGGGAGCCCUGAAGAGGAUAGAAACAGCGAGAAGGGAAAGGUUAAGCCACUGUGAAGGAUAGGUUGGAUGUCCCUGGACAAGAUUAGUGUGUGGGGAUCUUCUUUGCAAAAAGGACAAAUUUAUUUGGAAUGGGGAUAUGAAAGUUCCUGGAGUGGGUUAGGAUAGAUUUGGAUCUUUUCUCAAAAGAAGAAAGGUUUAUUUAGAUUGAUACUGUUACGGGCUUAUGAGAUGGGUUAAGGUUGUAACGUUGGCCUGGACCUUAAUGCAGAAAAGGGUAGUUUUUUUAUCCCCCCCCCCCCCCCCCAAAAAAAAAGCUCAUAAUAGGCAUCCCUAGAUGAGUUGUGGUGGCCUUAGGAAAAAGAGGGAGUCAUGCCACCGAGAAAAGGGGAUCCGGGUGCUCAGAGAGGAUAGCCCAGUAUACUUGGUCUUGAUGGAGGGGAAGGGGCAUGAGGAGGGUGAGAACAUUCUAAAUGUAAAGGAUUGGGUUUCUGUGGAGUUUCUUUUCGGUAAGGUUGAUGAUACGGGAGGGCUUUUAUUUUCCAGACAGAGUUUCUCUGUGUAGCGUGACUACCCUGUAACUUGCUCUGUGGGCCAGGCUGACCUCAAACUCAAUGAACUCAGAGAUCUCUCUGCCUCUGCCUCCUGAGUGCUGGGAUUAAAGUUGUGUACCACCACUGCCCAGCUGAGAGGCCUUGAUGUGCUUAGCUUGAACCAGUUUUAAGAGUCUGAGGACCAGGAAAUGGUUAAGGUAGGAAACCUGGAGAUGGAUUGAGCCUGGGAGAGAAAAUUGGAGAUUGGGUAACUUGAUGUGAGGAAUCUGGGCACUGUUGGUUAGCAGAGGUUGCAUGGCAAGGGGAGGCUCAGACCACUGGAGCCUAAGGUAGAGUAGAGAUGUUGGUUUGUACACUAGUUUGAGUGGUCUGAGUGUAAAAAGUUUGAGCCUAUGAGGAAGAGCAGAAUCCAUGUAGGAGGGCAGCCGGGAAACAGGCCAGGAGGGUGAGGAUUCUGUGGGUAGGCUGGCAAAGGAGUGCUGUCCCGGGCAAUGGGGAGGAGUCACAGGAAGGUCUGUAUCACAGGGAGAGCAGCUCCUGUUUUGUGGACAGGGCCUUGGGAACCUAUUCUGAGGCCUGGGAAUGGAGAGGAUUAACUAGGAUCUGGUGGGUGGAGUUUGCUGCAAGUUCUUUGAGAAGGGAGCCUUCGGGGUGGGGUCUCUAGGAAAAGACCACUGGAGAAAUUUGUGUUGCCUGUUUGCUAUGUUUGGGGAAGGAAGGAUUCUUAGGGAGUGGAAAAUCUAAUCCAGAAGUUGGAGGAGGAAGUAUGUCUGCAGGUUUAGAAUGUAGAGGUGACACAGGGAAAGAACUGCCCUGGAGGAUUGAUGUCUCCGCCCUCCCUUCCCUCAGCCCAGGGCCUUGCUGCUGCCAUGACUGAGGAGAGCGAGGAGACAUUCCUGUAUAUCGAGCACCGCUAUGUCUGCUCUGAGUGCAACCAGCUCUAUGGCUCCCUGGAGGAGGUGCUUGUGCACCAGAACUCCCACGUGCCCCAGCAGCACUUUGAGCUGGUGGGCGUGGCUGACCCUGGAGUCACAGUGGCCACAGAGGCAGCUUCAGGCACAGGCCUGUAUCAGACCCUCAUACAGGAGAGCCAGUACCAGUGUCUUGAGUGUGGACAGCUGCUCCUGUCACCUAGCCAGCUCCUGGAACACCAGGAGCUACACCUGAAGAUGAUGGCACCCCAGGAGGCAGUGCCUGCUGAGCCACCCCCCAAAGUGCCCCCCUUGAGUUCCAGCACCAUCCACUACGAGUGUGUGGAUUGUAAGGCUCUGUUUGCCAGCCAGGAGCUGUGGCUGAAUCACCGGCAGAUGCACCUCAGGGCCACCCCCACCAAGGCUCCUGCCCCCGUUGUCUUGGGGUCUCCAGUUGUCUUAGGCUCCCCUGUGGGCCAGGCCCGAGUAGCUGUGGAACAUUCAUACCGAAAAGCCGAAGAAGGCGGGGAAGGGGCAGCUGUCCCGUCUGCAGCUGCCGCCACGACUGAGAUGGUGACAGAAGUGGAGCUGCUCCUCUACAAGUGCUCCGAGUGCUCCCAGCUCUUCCAGCUGCCGGCUGACUUUCUGGAGCACCAAGCCACCCACUUCCCUGCUGUCCCAGAGGCCGAGGAGCCUGCCACAAAGCAGGAAACCCUGAUCCCCUCACCCACCGAGGUGCCAGCGUCUCUACCUGACCCCUUGCCAACCUCAGACCAUAGCUAUGAGCUGCGCAAUGGGGAGACCAUUGGACGGGAUCGACGGGGGCGGAAGCCCCGGAGGAACAACAGUGGAGAGUCAGGUACGGCAGCCACCCAGGAACUCUUCUGCUCAGCCUGUGACCAGCUCUUCCUGUCACCCCACCAACUGCAGCAGCACUUUCGGAGCCACCGGGAGGGUGUCUUUAAGUGUCCCCUGUGCAGUCGUGUCUUCCCCAGCCCUUCUAGUCUGGAUCAGCACCUUGGUGACCACAGCAGCGAAUCUCAUUUCCUAUGUGUAGACUGUGGCCUGGCCUUUGGCACAGAAGCCCUUCUCUUGGCCCACCGGCGAGCCCAUACUCCAAAUCCUCUGCAUUCGUGUCCCUGUGGGAAGACCUUUGUCAACCUUACCAAGUUCCUUUAUCACCGGCGUACCCAUGGGGCAGGAGGUGUCCCUUUGCCCACAGCACCAGUUCUGCCAGAGGAGCCUGCCGUUAGCGUCCCUGAGCCAGCCCCGGCAGAGACCAGAGAGCCAGAGGCCUCAGAGCUCCCCGUGUCUGAGGAGAACCCAACAGAGCCUGCGGCUCCAGGCACUUACCGCUGCCUCCUAUGUAGCCGUGAGUUUGUCAAGGCUUUGCAGCUGACCCGGCACCAGCGUUUUGUGCACCGACUAGAACGGCGUCACAAAUGCAGCAUUUGUGGCAAGAUGUUCAAGAAGAAGUCUCAUGUGCGGAACCAUCUGCGCACACACACAGGGGAACGGCCCUUCCCCUGCCCUGACUGCUCCAAGCCCUUCAACUCACCUGCCAACCUGGCCCGCCACCGGCUCACACACACAGGGGAACGACCCUACCGUUGUGGGGACUGUGGCAAGGCUUUCACUCAGAGCUCCACUCUGAGACAGCAUCGCCUGGUGCAUGCCCAGCAUUUCCCCUACCGCUGCCAGGAAUGUGGACUGCGUUUUCACCGCCCUUAUCGCCUGCUCAUGCACCGCUACCACCACACAGGCGAGUACCCCUACAAGUGUCGUGAGUGUCCCCGCUCCUUCCUGCUGCGCCGGCUGCUAGAGGUACACCAGCUUGUGGUCCACGCUGGGCGCCAGCCCCACCACUGCCCAUCUUGUGGGGCUGCCUUCCCCUCCUCGCUGCGGCUUUAUGAGCAUCGGUGUGCAGCUGCUGCCGCCCAAGCCCCACGGCGCUUUGAGUGUGGGACCUGUGGCAAGAAAGUAGGCUCUGCUGCUCGUCUGCAGGCCCAUGAAGCUGCCCAUGCUGCUGCUGGUCCUGGAGAAGUCUUGGCUAAGGAACCUCCGGCUCCCAGGGCCUCAAGGGCCACUCGCGCACCCGUCACUCCGUCCCCAACAGCCCUUGGUGGUGCAACCUCUGCUGCCCCUGCAGCCCCUGCCCGGCGGCGUGGCCUGGAAUGCAGUGAGUGCAAGAAGCUGUUCAGCACAGAGACAUCACUGCAGGUGCACCGACGGAUCCACACAGGAGAGCGGCCGUACCCGUGUCCAGACUGUGGCAAGGCCUUCCGCCAGAGUACCCAUCUAAAAGACCACCGGCGCUUACACACAGGUGAGCGGCCCUUUGCCUGUGAAGUGUGUGGCAAGGCCUUUGCCAUCUCCAUGCGUCUGGCAGAACAUCGCCGCAUUCACACGGGUGAACGACCCUACUCCUGCCCUGACUGCGGCAAGAGCUACCGCUCCUUCUCCAACCUCUGGAAGCACCGCAAGACUCACCAGCAGCAACACCAAGCGGCAGUGCGGCAACAGCUGGCAGAGGCGGAGGCCGCUGUGGGCCUGGCUGUGAUGGAAACUGCGGUGGAGGCUCUGCCCCUCGUGGAGGCCAUUGAGAUCUACCCUUUAGCGGAGGCUGAAGGGGUCCAGAUCAGCAGCUGACUGGCCCCCAUUUUCCUCUUCAGCAUCACCAAGCCCUGAUGCUGCAGGUCUCCAACAGCCCCUUAAAACCUGUGUACAUAUUGUGCCCCUCUUUCCUCUCCACCAUAUAAGUUCUGUAACUAAAUUUAUUCUCUUCUCUGAGGAGGUUGCUCUGGGGUCCUUGGUACAUAAAGGACCCCCUUCCCCUCCCCGCCUUCCACUUGUUUGGUGGUCUCCAAAUGAAGCAGUCAAUAAAGACUGAGUUGGACAUUUUU